ACCUGCGUUGCAAGAGUCCCCUGAAUUUUGCUCAGCUGCUGCAGGAAAAGGAAGGAAGGGCUCUUAACGUCUCUAUUAAUGCCCCUUAAUGAUAGUAAUAACCGGGUGAUGUCUUCAUCGCGGUGACUCUGUCAGGGGGUGCCUGCCAGCCCCAGCCUGUUCCCGUGUGAUUGACAGGCUGCCAGCAGGAUGCUGCUCCAUUGCAGGGGCGAGAGGCACAGAGACUUGCUCUCCUCUCCCCUGAGCGGAGGCUGCUGGAGAAGAAGCAUCUGUGCCCGGACUUUUCUUGAUUGCGGAGAUGAUGGUGCUGGACAAGGAGGACGGUGUGCCCAUGCUAUCCGUACAACCCAAAGGGAAGCAGAAGGGCUGCGCCGGCUGCAACCGCAAGAUCAAGGACCGGUACCUGCUGAAGGCUCUGGAUAAGUAUUGGCAUGAAGACUGCCUAAAGUGUGCCUGCUGUGAUUGUCGUCUUGGAGAGGUUGGAUCAACUCUUUACACAAAAGCAAAUCUCAUUCUCUGCCGCAGAGAUUACCUGAGGCUCUUUGGUACCACCGGGAAUUGUGCUGCCUGCAGUAAACUGAUCCCUGCCUUUGAGAUGGUGAUGAGGGCCAGAGAUAAUGUUUACCAUUUGGACUGCUUUGCCUGUCAGCUCUGCAACCAGCGAUUCUGCGUGGGAGACAAAUUUUUCCUGAAGAACAACAUGAUCUUGUGUCAGAUGGACUAUGAGGAAGGGCAGCUGAACGGGAGCUUCGAGUCCCAGGUUCAAUAACAGCCCCUGCUUCGCUGGAGCACUGUGGGAUGGGCGCUCGGCCGCACCAGCAGCGAGGGCGUCCGUCAGCUUGCCUGCAAUAUUUUUUUAAUUCUUGGUCCAGAGAGGACUAUAUACAUUGUAGUACUUUUCCCCCCCAACACAAAGCAGUUACAAUUUUAGAUGUACAGUUGUGCCUGCUUAGCUGAGCACUGCAUUGCCUGUAUGUUUGUGAGUUUUUGGGGUCUGGGGGAGGGCUCUGUACAGUCUGUUUUCUGUAUAUAAACUGGAACAUUUAUUUUAUGAAAAAUGUAAUGCAAUUUUAUUACUGGUGUGAAUUAAAAAUUAUGAAUGUUUCCUGGUCAUCGUUGCUGUGGUUUCUUCCCUGUGUGGCAAAAGUAUUUGCUGUGCUUUAGCUGAGCAGACUGUUGGAAACGUGUACAUAGAUCCCUGGAAACUGCAUGGAUCAUAGCAGAGGCAGAUUCUCUCAUAAUAACUGGGGGAAAUGCUGCUGCAGGGUUGAGGAGACUUGCAUCCAACCACCUGCUUCCCUGAAUAAUGGGAGGGAAUGAGCCGGGGGCAGGUGAUGGCUGGGAACCGAGGCUGCUGUGCCACGCUGAGCUGCUGGCUGAGGCUCCUUGUGGAUUCAGACAGAGCCUUGCCAUGGAAUUCCUGCUGGCUGCCCGAUCCCGUGGCUCCAGUCUGGGCUCCCUGCAGCCCUGCCAACAGGUGCCUGGGCAUUGAUCGGAAUAUUAAUUUCAAGGCUUUGCUAAGCAGUGGGGUUUUCCCGUGGGGCAUCACUUGUGCAGCUCAGAGCUGCUGUGAGAGCUGAUGUCAGGGCUGGGACAUGACCAGGUGCUGAUGCAGCAGAUCCCUGCUCCCAGCCCUUCUUGCUCACUCCGUGCCAGGUGCUUUGACCUCCCACGCAAUAAAAGCGAUCACGUUUGAAGCAUCUCCCGGAGAAAAAAUUCUGAGCUGUGUUCCUGCUGCGAUGCUUUGUGCAAUGAUUUUCAAGGUUAUGCAAUUCAUGUGCAACCCACUGGACUGUAUCAAACACAUUUCUUUGUAUAGUGAGUGUCACUUUAAUAUAGUGCACCAGUAGCUGUAAAGGAUGGCUGCAAUUCUAUUUAUUUUGUCUUCUUGCUUUUUCUUAGAUUUACCCCC